AUGAGCACGACUAAAUACCACCCAUUGUUGGCCAAGUACCUCCAACAAGUUGCCCAACACCCUCUGAGGACCAAGGCGCUCACCACUGGCAUUCUUUGCUUCCUACAAGAGAUUCUGGGCAGCAAGAUUGCUGGCUUGCCCGCCGCAAAGACCCAAAAGGACACGCCAUUACUGCUCAAGCUCCUGGCCCGCAACCAUGUCGACAUUCGCGCGGUUAAAAUGGGCGUUUACGGAUUCCUUGUCUCUGCCCCGCUCUCCCAUUAUCUAAUGGGCCUCCUGCAAAAGGCCUUUGCGGGGAAAACCAGCGCUGGCGCCAAGGUUGGGCAAUUGCUGGCCAACAACUUCCUCAUUGCGCCGAUACAAACGGCGGCUUACCUCGCCUCGCUGGCUGUCAUUGGCGGCGCCAAAUCGCUCGACGAGAUCGUUAAGACGGUCAAAGUUGGCUUUUUCCCCGUUAUCCGGGUAACAUGGGUUGUUACACCCACCGCUAUGCUCUUUGCGCAGAGGUUCGUGCCGAUGGAGCUCUGGACUAUAUUCUUCAGUGCAGUCAGCUUCGUCAUCGGGACAGUCUUCAAUGCCCGUGUCAAGCGCAUUAGACUGGCAGCCGCAAAGAAGGCCCAGAAGGACAAGGACGAGGCAGAGAAGAAGAAAGAGGAGUAA